AUGGCUUCCAAAAUCGAUGUCCACCAUCACGUCUACCCGCCCGUCUACUCUCAGGCUCUACAAGAGGUUGGUGGUGAUCCAUCAGGCUGGUUUGUCCCCGAUUGGACCGUCCAAGCCGACCUUGACCUAGCCAACGCCGUUGGCAUUAAAAAGUCGAUCCUAUCCGUCACUGCACCCGGACCCUCAUGCGUCGGAGAUUCUUCCAAGGCCCUUUCCCUCGCUCAAGCCUGCAACGACUACGUGUCCCGCCUCCGCGAUGAACGUCCCGACAACUACGGCUUCUUCCUCGUCCUCCCUUCGCUCUUCGACACUGAAGCUUGUCUCAAGGAAAUCGCACGCGGUAUGGAUGAACUGCACGCCGACGGUGUAGUCAUCUAUACGCGGUACGGCCCUGAUAACACGUAUCUUGGCCAUGAAGCCUUUUUGCCCAUCUGGAAGGAAUUUUCCAAGCGCAAAGCUGUUGUCUUUGUUCAUCCGACGCAUGCGGUGGAUAAGGCGUUGGUUAAUAGCAAACUGCCCCAGCCCAUGUUUGACUAUCCUCAUGAGACGGGCCGAACUGCCAUUGAUCUCAUUAUCUCGGGCAGGUUGAUCAACAACUGUGCAGACUGCAAGAUCAUCUUAUCACACGGUGGUGGUACCCUUCCAUCUCUUAUCGGUCGUGUAUCCGGCCUGUUGCCGUUUACGCAGAUAGGUAAAGAGUAUACGCCAAGUGAGAUUAGGUCUCAGGCUAGGAGGUUCUACUACGAUACGGCGUUGUCUAGUGAUGCGGCUACGUUGAAGGGAUUGUUUGAGGUGGCGGAUCUGACUCAUGUGUUGUUUGGAAGUGAUUUUCCGAAUGCGCCGAAUGGCUCCAUCAAGUACUUUACCAAUUUGUUAAAGGAUGCGGGUGUUUCCGGGGUUGAAGUAGUUGAUUAG